AUGACCUGCUUGGAUCAUCAGUUUUUCAUUUUAACCCUCACAGUUCGUCUGACUGUGAGUCCCAGCAGCUCUCAGUUCUUUGAAGGAGACUUUGUGACUCUGAGCUGUGAGGAGGACGACAGCUCUGCUGGAUGGACUCUGAGGAGAAACACAAGCACACGACAGAGGACUCAGUGCAAAGAUGCAUGGGGAAUACCAGCUGGUUCUUCCUGUAACAUGAGCUACAUUUUCCAUUCUGACAGUGGAGUUUACUGGUGUGAGUCCAGAGAGGGUCCCAUCAGUAACAUGGUUAACCUGACAGUCACUGGUGGAUCAGUGAUCCUGCAGAGUCCUGUCCUCCCUGUGAUGGAGGGAGAUGACGUCACUCUGCUCUGUAAAACAAAGACCACUCCCUCCAACCUCCCAGCUGCUUUCUAUAAAGAUGGCUGCCUCAUCAGGAACGGUCAUGGAGAGUCUCCAUCCAGCUGGAUCACUGUCACAGAGAGAAACACCACCACACCUCCACCUGGUUCCACCACCAUCACUCUUCCUCCAUCACUCUCUCUCUCUGUGUUGUCAUCUGUUGGAUCAGUCUGUGUUGUGGUUCUACUGGUGUUACUGGUUCUGCUGGUGAGACGAUGUGUUCACAGGAAACCUGAAGCUGAACAAAACGAAGAUGCAGAAGAUGCUAUCGCAUACAGUGAUGUUAAAAUAUCACAUUGUAAACAGCCAACCAAGCAAAACAGAGAGACUGAUCCAGCUGCCGUUUACUCAGCAGUGAAAACUACAGACGUCAGUUAUGGACAAAUCAUCAUCAAAGAGAAGAAAAACAGAACAAAGCCGAGAGAGACUGACACAGCUGUAGUCUAUUCGGCAGUGAGAACUGAAGACAUCAAUUAUGGACAAAUAGCUGUUACACCAAAAAGGAAAAGAG